UAAUGAGCUUAGUGUUUAUUCAAAAGUGUAUUGAAGUAAACUUUUCGAAAAAGGACUUAUUCCAUACUUUUAACUGAAUAGUAUCUGUAUUGUUAGUUUGUAUAGAAUGUUGUUAAAAAGUAUAUUCUUGUUUGCAACAAAAUCACAUUUAAAAACCAAAUUCAAAUGCAAUGCUACUAACAGAAACAUAUCAACAAUUGGCUUCAUUGGUCUUGGGGCAAUGGGGAGUCACAUGGCAAAAAACAUGAUAAAAAAGUUCAAAAAAGUAAGCGUUUAUGAUAUCAAUGAAACUGCAUCGUUGAACUUAGGAAAGGAAGGAGCAAUAGUUGCCAAGCAGGUGGAUGACUUGAUAGAUUCUGACUGCAUCAUAAGCAUGAUUGCAACCAAUGAACAAGUGUUACACACUUAUCAGUCACCAGGGGGAUUAAUCAGCAAAGUGAGACCUGGGACACUGUUAAUCGACUGUAGCACUGUAGACCCUCAGGUGCCUCAGCAGCUGUCGAAGGAUGCUCAACUCAACAAUGUCAUCUUUGUUGAUGCUCCUGUUUCAGGAGGUGUGCUGGCAGCAGCAUCAGGCCAGCUGACAUUCAUGGUGGGUGGGAGUGUGGAGGGGGCAACACGGUGUGAGCCAGUCCUGCGAUGUAUGGGUAAGAACGUGAUACACUGCGGCCCGUCAGGAAGUGGACAGGUGGCCAAGAUAUGCAACAACUUACUUCUUGGCAUAUCCAUGAUUGCCACUGCUGAGUCUAUGAAUCUAGGAAUAAGAUUAGGGUUGGAUCCCAAACUGCUUGCUAGUGUGAUUAACUCUAGCACAGGUCGAUGUUGGUCUUCAGACACAUACAACCCAGUGCCAGGCGUUCUUGAGGGAGUGCCUUCUAGUAACAACUACCAGGGUGGAUUUUUGUCUCGAUUGAUAGUCAAAGAUUUAAUGAUUGCCCAAUCAAUCGCCAAACGAGCUGAAGCAUCUACAUCCUUAGGAGACCAAGCACUUGCUAUUUACAAAAAGGUCUGUGAGCAAGGCAAAGCGGACUUGGAUUUCUCCGUCGUUUAUAAGUUUAUUCAAGGUUUAAAAGAUAAAUAGUAAUUCAAUAAAACAAUCAUCCAAUCUGUUAAA